AUGGCCACUACCGGCGAAACAAAAUCUCAAGCCGCUUCACAGCGCCACGAGGCCGAUGUCGUUAUUAUCGGCGCCGGUAUUAUGGGCUGCUCGCUAGCAGUCGCAUUUGGACGACAAGGGCGGAGUGUUAUUUUGCUGGAGCAAUCGUUAAAGGAGCCCGACCGCAUCAUCGGCGAACUUCUCCAACCCGGUGGUUGUGAGGCUCUGGAGAAGCUUGGCCUGAAAGAUUGUCUGGAGGGCAUUGAUGCUAUCAAGGUGGACGGCUACUAUAUUUCAUACCAUAACGACUCAGUCAGCCUUCAAUAUCCCAAGGAGACACCCUCCUCGCCUUCCCCGGAGGGACGAGCCUUCCACCAUGGACGCUUCAUUAUGAAACUGCGCGAAGCAGCAAUUGCCUGCCCCAAUGUCACAGUCGUCGAGACGAAGGCAACAGGGCUAGUGACUUCAACAUUCACAAACCAAGUCGUCGGUGUCGAGUGCGAGACCAAGGAGCUCAAGGAUUGCUACUUUGGCCAGCUCACUGUGGCCGCCGACGGCUACAGCUCCAAAUUCCGCAAGGGCCACCACCCGAAAACUCCUGAGGUCAGAGAUAAGUUCUGGGCUCUGGAAUUAAUUGAUGCGAAACUCCCCUGUCCUGGUUAUGGCCAUGUCCUCAUCAGCGACAACCCACCCGUUCUUUUGUACCAGAUCGGCACUCACGAGACCCGUGCCCUGAUCAACAUCCCCGAAAACCUCCCCUCUGCCUCAGUGAAGAAUGGUGGUGUCAAGAGCCACCUCCGCAAUGUUGUUCUUCCCUCCAUUCCCAAGGAUAUCCGUCCAUCAUUCGAGGCUGCCCUCGACAAGGGUCAAUUGCGGUCGAUGCCCAACUCGUUUUUGCCUGCCUCGACGAACAAGACACCUGGAUUGAUUCUUCUUGGUGACGCACUUAACAUGCGCCAUCCAUUGACUGGUGGCGGAAUGACUGUCGUGUUCAACGACGUCUGCAUUAUCCGCGACUUGCUCAGUCCCGAGAAUGUGCCAAGUUUCGAGGAUACAAAACUUGUUUUGAAGCAGCUCUCUCGCUUCCACUCGGAGAGAAAGAACUAUUCCUCUGUCAUUAACAUCCUUUCCAUCGCUCUGUAUUCUCUCUUUGCCGCCAAUGAUGUACACCUCCAAGCUUUGCAGCGUGGCUGCUUCCAAUAUUUCAAAACUAGCGCCGUUAGAGAACCCGUUCUUUUGCUUGCCGGUAUCCUCAAGCAACCCGUCCUCCUCGUCUACCAUUUCUUCACCGUGGCCCUUUUCUCCAUCUGGAUCCUCCUCCGCGAGUCCUCUCUGCUAGGACUCUUCCUCAUCCCCUUUCAAUCAGUCAUGGUCUUCUAUACAGCCUGUGUCGUUAUCCUCCCGUACAUUCUCACCGAGAUUUGGUGA